AUGCGGUUCUCAUGGGCGAUUGGGCUGGUCCUCUGUGGUGGGGUAAUGGCAGUAGAGGAUUGGGAGGCGAUACUUGGGGAUACAUUGCCAGAUCCAGACUAUGCGAGAGCUUGUCCGGAUUACAAGAAAUACUCUACCUAUGCCCAUCGACCCUACUCAGAGGGCGAGAUGGGCUUGCCAUAUCAACGACCAUCGAUACACUGUCGGACCUUCAACUCGCCCUUGGUGGAGAAGGUUAUCAAAGAUAUCACAGAGCGGAUGGUAGAUAAGGAUAUGGCACGGCUGUUCGAAAAUGCAUUUCCCAAUACUCUCGACACGACCGUUCGGUGGCAUGUAGACGGUACAGAAGGGCAUACAGAGCUGAAAGCGCGGGGUACAAAAGACGAGGGGAAAUGGGAAGGGGCGCAAAGUUUUGUGGUUACUGGAGAUAUCAAUGCGGAAUGGCUGAGAGAUUCUACGAACCAAUUACUACAGUACCAGCCUCUGGCGAAACAUGACAAGACGAUUUUUAAUCUGAUUUUGGGAGCGAUCAAUACUCAGUCGGAAUACGUUAUUGAAUCGCCAUAUUGUAAUGCUUUUCAACCACCACCUGCUUCAAAGCUUGCGCCAACACAGAAUGGACAGGAGGAUUUUGUGCAUCCGGCAUAUGAACCGUCGGUUGUGUUUGAGUGCAAGUACGAGCUAGAUUCUCUGGCGCAUUUCCUAGCUUUGGGAAAUACUUUCGCGAACAGCACUGGAUCUACUGCGUUUAUGAAUAAGCGAUGGUUCAAGGCCUUGGAUACAGUACUGGCUGUACUUGAUCAACAAUCUGAGUCUACGUUUGACCCCAAGACUGGAAGAUUUGAGAGGAACACAUAUACAUUUAGUCGACGGACAGAUGCAGGGACUGAGACGCUGAAUCUGGCUGGUGUGGGAAAUCCACUGAACUUUGGGACUGGAUUAAUAAGAAGCGCUUUCCGUCCCAGCGACGAUGCUACUAUUCUCGGGUUCUAUAUUCCGGCCAAUGCCCAAAUGGCUGUCGAAUUGAAGCGUACAGCCGAUGUUCUACAUUCUGCGAAACAUACUAGAUUAGCACAGGCUCUGGAGAAGCGAGCCCAGUCAAUCGCUGAUGGCAUUUGGGAGCAUGGAGUAGUGGAGCAUAAGAAGCAUGGCAAAGUCUUCGCCUAUGAAGUCGAUGGUUAUGGAUCUCAUAUUAUCAUGGAUGACGCAAAUGUGCCAUCUUUGCUCGCGCUUCCCAUUCUAGGGUUUGUGGACAGGACGGAUGUCGUCUACCAGAAUACUCGGAGGAUGCUGUUAGAUAAAGCGUCAAAUCCUUACUACCUGACUGGCUCCGCUUUCCAUGGUAUUGGAGGACCACAUAUCGGACUUCAAUACGCAUGGCCAAUGAGUCUAUUGAUGCAAGCCAUGACUUCCGACGACGACAAAGAAAUCACAGAGUGCAUCACUCUCGUGCUCAAAGCUAGUAGACUCGGUCUCGUACACGAAUCUAUCAAUGUAAAUAGAAUCAUAGAUUAUACUCGAUCAUGGUUCGCAUGGGCAAAUAGCGUUUUCGCCCAAACCAUUCUUGAUUUGGCGCAGAGGAAACCACAUCUUAUAUUUGGGCCGGGUGCGAAACCAUAUGUUAUUGAAUGA